CAUAUUUAUCAGUUUUGAAAAGUUCGGUUAAACUUUCUUCGCAUCUAGAAUAAACGAUAAGUACGUUUAAUAAUUUUUUUCUAUAUUAUCCUAUGUGGAAUUUUGCAGUUCCUUGAUAUCAAGUAAAAUUACUAAAAUUGACAGUAGCUCGGAUGGAUGAAAGUUAUAAUUGGUUUCGUGGUUCGCCUCGUGCGGAUGGGAAUUCCGUUGUCAUUUCUGAUAGUGACGAGGAUAUUGAUAAUGUCGGAAAAGAGCAAUUCCUUGUGAUCGAGAGCAGUGGGAGUAGCAAUAACAUUUCUAGAAAUAUAACCCCAGAAACGUCCUUACCAUCCAAUGGGGAUAGAAUUAGGAAGUUUAUUCCUGAUUAUUCUGACAAUGAAGACCAAAAUGAUGCAUCAUGCAGUGAUAGCAAUGAGGAUGAUCCAGAUUAUAGUAAUUCAAAUGGCAGCGAAAAAAUUAUUACUGCACAGAGUAAGAAAACAAAGAAGAAAAGUAAAACCCUUGAUAUCACUAUGAACAGUAUAAAUACUAUGGAUAUUAGUAAUAUCUCACUGAACAAUGAAUCUGACAAUAAUAAUACAGUAGAUGAAGAUGGCAGUACAUCAUCCACGAGUACGCAUACACCCAAUGAAGGAAGAAAUGUACAACAGUCUAAGCAGUCAUCCAAUUUGAACACAGAUAAUAAAAAUAGUUCAGAACCUGAAGAAAUUGCAGUGACACUAGCAAAAAAAGAAAUUGGUGUUGGCAAUAUAGACCCAAUGGUUGCACAGAAAAGAGCUCUUCUUAUUUGUAAAAUGGAACACUUGCAGAAUCAGCUAAGCAAGACGAAGUUGUUGUUAGACACUGGUAAUAUUGAUUUACUACCAGACAAAGGUGAAAGGUUGCGCCAGAGUAUCAUGGCACAGGAAAAAGAAAUAGAAGAGAUCGCGAUUGAAUUGGAAAAUACGCCUUUAACUCAGCAAGAUAAAGAUGUACAAUUCGUUAAAAAAGACUUCAUUACUCACAAGCUAACGUAUACCAGUGACUUAGAUUCCGAACAUGACAUAAAUAGCAUACCGACAAAACUGAAAACAUCGCUAGAAAUGAAAGAACUCGGGGCAAGAGCUCAAGCAACACUGAAUAAGGAAUUAGCUUUAACAGUCGAUAGAAUACAAGAUUUACAUGGGUCUCUUCUAGCUAGACCAACCGAAGAACAGAGAGCAGAUGAUCCACAGGGCUUGAAAGUACAGUUAAUGCCUCAUCAGCAACACGCGUUGGCUUGGUUAAUGUGGAGAGAACAACAGAGACCCCCUGGUGGGGUUCUCGCAGAUGAUAUGGGUUUGGGUAAAACUUUAACGAUGAUAUCUUUGAUCAUUGCUGCGAAAAAAUCCAAAAGUACGGAGGAUAGUAGCGACGAAGAAUGGACAAAUUAUAAAACAGCAGUGAAACAUAAAGGGGGUACGCUCGUAGUUUGCCCAGCAUCUCUGUUAUCGCAAUGGGAAAAUGAAAUACUCAACAGGUGCAAACGAGGUUUGCUUUCCAUCGAGGUUUAUCAUGGUACCAACCGAGAAACUGUGCCGAAGAGAUUAGCGAGAAACGACGUAGUCAUUACAACAUACAACAUAUUAAGCCGUGAAUAUAAGACCAAAUCAACAACGUACAGAAUUCAUUGGGACCGCGUGAUACUCGACGAGGCGCAUGUCGUUCGAAAUCAUAAAAGUCAGGCAUCCGAAGCCGUGUGCGGUCUCGUGGCGAAUAAACGGUGGGCACUCUCUGGUACGCCUAUUCAGAAUAAGGAAAUGGAUUUAUACUCGAUUUUGAAGUUCCUCAAAUGUACGCCUUUCGACGAUCUACGAGUUUGGAAACGUUGGGUAGAUAACAAAGAUCACUCUGGUCGUCAACGAUUAGCAACCGUGAUGGACACGCUAAUGUUGCGGAGAACGAAACAAGAGCUCCAAGAUAAGGGCGAGCUAGAAUGUUUACCCGAUAAAAUGAUAGAGGAAAUAAUUGUAGAGCUCGAUGAGCAGGAGCAGUUGGUAUACGAGAAAGUCUUGAUUUAUUCUCGCACCUUGUUCGCUCAAUUUCUAUCGCAGAGAGCAGAGAAAGAUCAUAUGGAUGAUUUAGCUAGCGGCGCGUACGAUAAACCGGCGUUUCUUUCGAAUCCAAACAAGAAUACUCAAUUCACAAAAGCGCAGAAUAAAUUAUUAUCGUUACACGCUGACGUUAAGGCUCACGAAAUUUUGGUCCUGUUGUUGAGAUUACGUCAAAUUUGCGUUCAUCCGACCCUUAUUCAUUCGAUGCUGGACCAAGAAGACAUGAUGGAGAGUGGAAUAAUGGAUAUGCAAAAUAUAGAUUCAAACAUAUUGUUACAAAUGAACAAUAUAACGUUGCAAGAUUCUGAUGAUAACAAAAAUGAAAAUGAUCAGGAGAUAGGCAUUGAUCAUAGGGUAACCACAAAUUUACUCACGUCCAAGAAUCCUGUCUUUAAAGCUGAGCGUAUAAGUUCCAAGAUGAAAGUGGUACUUAGUAAGGUCGAAGAAAUUUUAGAGAAAAACGAUAAAUUGAUUAUUGUAUCUCAAUGGUCGUCUAUGUUAAAAAUUGUAGCGUCGUAUUUGUCUUCGAUAAGAGGUGCCACGUUUAGUAUGUUCACGGGCAACGUGGCAAUCAAGGAUCGGCAGGGUGUAAUGGAUUCAUUUAACUCUCCAAACAGAGAUCCAAGAAUAUUAUUACUUUCUCUUACUGCUGGAGGUGUUGGACUGAACUUAGUAGGUGGAAAUCACUUAUUAUUAAUUGAUAUUCACUGGAAUCCGCAACUGGAAGUGCAGGCACAAGAUAGGAUUUACCGUUUCGGGCAAAAGAAGAACGUUUCCAUAUACAAGUUUAUUUGCAAAGAUACGAUAGAAGAGCGCAUCAAGCAAUUGCAAGAGAAGAAAAUGGAAAUAGCGCAAAAUGUUCUAAGCGGCGGUAAAACUUCCGUCGCCUCGAAACUUACCCUCAACGAUCUCAAAUCUCUGUUUGGUCUUUAAUUUUCAUCCCUUUUUUACGCGUAUAAUUUAUUUAGCUUAAAAUGUCGUUGUAAUACUUUUAAACCGCUUUCGAGUCAACCGACUCUUUUUAAAUUAGGCGCUCAGUAUUAUGUAAAACGUAUAUUUAGAAUAAAAAAUAUAAAAGAAA